AUGGCAGUCAACGAGAGUAAGCACGAAGCGAUGGCAGUGAUUGAACAUGACGAGGAUGCCGGUGCCAACCAUGGCUUAGACCCGGAACGCAGCGGCAGCGCAUCAGAUGCUAUGGGCUUCAAAGCUGCCGUCCGUCUUUAUCCAAAGGUAGUUGGAUGGUGUCUUGCUCUCACCACCGCCAUCUUGCUUUGGGGCUACGACAUGGUCAUCGUUGGCUCCAUCACCGCUGUUCCGGCCUUUCAACGCGACUAUGGCUUCUGGUCCGAAUCUGAGAACGACUACAUCUUUCCCGCCACCUGGCUCGGACUCUGGUCUGCCUCGUCCCCGCUCGGUGCGACAUUUGGAUCAAUCGCCGGGGGCUUCAUUCAAGACCGCAUUGGCCGCAAACGCAGCCUGAACAUCGGAAGCAUCAUCUGUUUUGUGGGAAUCGUCAUUAUCUUCUGUUCGCAAUGGGUUUCGCAUCUCGACAGCAAGCGUGCCACCUUUUUCGCUGGCAAGGUGGUUCAAGGUUUCGCCACCGGCAUUAUCAAGAUCCAAUGCCUGACAUACAUCUCCGAGAAUGCACCAACUGCUCUGCGUGGGUCCGCGAUGGCCCUUGUUCCCACCUUCACACUGCUCGGUCAACUCAUCGGUGCCGUUGUCAUUUACUCCAUCAACGAUAUCGAGUCGGCGAGAGGGUAUCUCAUCGCCAUUGGAUCACAGUGGAUCCUCUCAUUGGCACCUUUCAUCCUAUCCUUUGUCAUGCCCGAGUCUCCUGCUUACUUGAUCCGCCAUGGCCGCGAAGAUGCCGCCAUGCAUUCCAUCCGCCGCCUGGUCGCACCGAAGGUGGAUCCCCAGUCUGUUUUCGAUCGCACCAAGUACACAAUUGACCAAGAAGCACGCAUGGCCAGCGAGGUGCGCUUCGCAGACUGCUUCAACAAGGCACAUAUUCGACGUACGAUGAUCAUUCUCUUCGCAAACUUCAUACCCACGCUCUUCGGUCUGGACCUUUUAGCCACGAGCUCGUACUUCCUGCAGGUCGUGGGCAUGGAUUCUGGAACCUCAUUAAUCCUUCUGAUAUCCGGAAUAGUACUCGGAAUGAUCGCAAAUGGUGCGGCGCUGUGGGUGCUGACGCGGGUGGGCCGGCGACGGGUGACCAUCGCAACUCUGGGUCUUUCCAGCCUGCUGUACACAGGCAUGGGCAUUGCCGGUAUCUGGAACGGCAAUCCGACCAUCAUCUAUUCCGCAGUGACGUUGAGCGCUGUCAUUUUUGUUUGCGGACUAGGUUGCUGGCCCGCAGCAUACGCCAUCAUGGGCGAGACGAGCGCGUUGCGGCUGAGGGCAAAAAGUCAGGCACUUGGAGGUGUAUCACAGCAGAUUGCGAGUAUCGUGUUCAAGUUUGUGCUGCCUUACAUCUUCAACCCAGAUGCAGGCAACCUUAAAGCGAAGACGGGGUUUGUCUACACGGGCUUGUGUGCCAUUGGAGUAGUCGGAACAUUCUUGUAUGUACCUGAGAUGAAGGGACGGAAUGCGCUGGAGAUCGACCAGAUGUUUGAAAUGGGUCUCAAAGCUCGAGAGUUCAAGAGCUGGUCCCGCACAGUGGAGACAUAG